CUCUGUGUGCUUCCGGCGUUGUCGAAAUUUCCGCUUUGUCGUAUGAAGCGGCGGACGACGCGGAAGCACGUGUGCACGGCUCGCGUCACUUGUGAUGUUUGACGCUCUCGAAAGGCUAUCGUUUCGGGACGAAUAUCAUUCGCGUCAACCGCCCAGUUAUGACGCCUGCAAAGCGUGCUGACAAAGGUGGCAGCAGCGGUUCGAGAUCGUCGCCUUUGGCUAAGCGCAGAAAGGAAUCCGUCGUGCUACAAGUGAACAGUGAAGUUCUCUCGGAUACAACUAAGGAGACGCUGAAAGCCGCCUUUGCGGAGAAAAAAGCCGGUCAUUUCGGAACAUCGGCUGAGCUGAUCACGGACCCUUUCAAUGUUUGCCUUCUGCAUAACUUGCUGGAGGACAAAGGUAGCAUCGAUAGCUUGAAGAGCGAGCUGUUUGACAUCGAGUUCCACACCAAGAACAACGAUCUCUACAAGUUCCACCAGUCGGAUGACCUGCAAAACUUUGACACGCCGUACAUACACGCUUUCAGAAAAUGCCUGGAGGGAACGCUAGCGCCAUGGCUCCGUGAUGUUACGGGAAUUCCGCUAGAUGGCUCCAUCAGCCUAACCUGUUCCAAGUACUCUUACACGGACAUACUGCUUUGUCACGAUGAUGAGUUGGAAGGUCGACGGAUAGCGUUCAUCCUCUAUCUGACGCCUGGUUGGACUUCUGAAGAUGGAGGGUCCUUGGACUUGUUUGACACUGACAGCAAUGGGCAGCCAAGGGACAUUGUUCGCUCAAUAUUACCCAGGUUCAACAGUUUUGCCUUCUUUGAGGUCAGCCCAGUCUCGUUUCACCAAGUGGCGGAAGUGCUGAGUGAAGACAAAGUGAGGCUGUCUGUUGGCGGAUGGUUCCACGGACCUCCCGUUAGUAGGCCAGAGCCCUACGUGGAGCCACUGCUCGAGCGUCUGUCAUGGUCCCACAUUGAGGAGGACCUGCUCCGAGCCUGGGUCAGCCCCACCUACCUGGCCGACAGCAUUGCCAAGCAGGUACGACAGCAGUUCAAGAGCACCUCGGAGAUCCACCUCCAGGAAUUCCUGCAGGAAGACAAGUGCAAGGCCCUGGAAGAGGCGCUUUCUGAUCCCACAGUCUUCUGGAGCCAGCAGGGCCCGCCCAACCGCCGGUGGACGUUGAAGUACCCCACGCCAAUGGCGCCCGUGGUGGAAGAGUGUCUUCAGGUGUUCCGGUCAGAGGCCAUGUUUCUCAUCCUCUCGAACCUGACCGGCUUGAAGCUGCACCCCCUGUCCACUCUCGCCGACAGCAGCUCCAGCUCGGAGGACGAGGAAGGGUCCGACAGUGCCCAGCAGUCCAACCCCAAGUCCUCGAGCUGUACGCAGGUCAUCCGGAAGUGGAGCCACGGCACGUACACGCUGGCCCACGACCACGACCAGAACUCGGACGAGUCCGCCCUAGACGUGGUCCUCUACCUCAACUGCGGAGAGUGGAAACCAGAAUACGGUGGCUUUACGACUUACAUAGAGAAAGGCGAAGAAGACGACGUGUUGACUUUGCAUCCAUGCCCAAACUCUCUGGCGCUCGUCUACAGGGACAAGGGACUCCUGCAGUUUGUGAAGCACGUUAACCACGAAGUGACCAAGCUGCCCAAGGAAGACCAGUGCUUUCACGACAUGAAGUUUGUUUAUUACGAAUGAGUUAAUAAAACUUGUUUGUUGUUGCA